GUGCAGUGAAGUCACUGUUUGUGUCUCGGGGUCUAUAUAUUGGACGUGAUUUGUGGUGAACUGCGGCACAGAUUGUGUGUGAAGUGGUGUGACGUGUAAUCUGUGCAACGACUGUAUGAUUGAGUGUUUAGUCAAUUGAUUGCAUUUUACUAAAUCUGCUCUCAUUUGGCUCAACGACCACAACACACACUACACUUCACUACAGACUACACACCACUACACGUGGCAUAUAUAGACGUCGGUUGCUAUCCAGUGGUCAGUCGUGUCCUAUCAGUCGUCAGCGAUGGUGAGAUCCCAGCGGAUGAGAGUGGCCAACGAGAAGGCCUCCAAGAAUGUGGCCAACAGAGGAAAUGUGCCCAAAACCACGAAGACAUCAGACGAGAAGUACCCGGUUGGUCCCUGGAUGUUAGCCCUGUUCGUGUUCGUGGUGUGCGGGUCGGCUAUAUUUCAGAUCAUCCAGUCCAUCAGAUUUGGCUAAAAUUGGUUCAUAUUUUCUAUUAUUAUUACCAAUCGAUUCAAAACAACCAAUUUUAACACUCAAUUAGUUUUUAUUAAUUAAACUUUCAAUUGUUUUUAAUAUAACUGCUGUUUAUUUAUACUGUAAUUGAAUGCAAAAAACCUGACAUUCCUUUCAAUUUUUCUUUAAAAAGCAAAUUAAAUGUAAAAUAUUUUUAUUGUA